UGUUUUUUUCUCCUUUCCUCCCCGGAGGCCGGAGGUUUAUGCUAUAAAAACUAACUCAACCACUCACUAAACGAGGACAUGCAUGUUGGGAGGGGGAGAGCGAUUUGUGUUGCCGAAGGGAGCGCCUUAAGUCCAAGUUAAUCACUGAUAUUUGAGGAGGUUAAGGCGACUACUUAAAAACCCUAAUCAAAUUCCCCAAACCCUAAGCCUCGUUUGCUCCGAAUCGUCUUCCUUUUGAGCUGUCCUGUUCCUACUCAAAGAAUCUGAUUUCGAAAUUUCUCAGUAAAGAUGGCUCCUCCUGUUUGUCAAACUUGUGGCGACAUUGGUUUUGAAGAAGCACUAGUUUUUUGUGACUCUUGUAAGAUUGAGGCUAUACACCGUUAUUGUGUGGGCAUAACACCGACUCCUUUUACGGAUUACAUAACUUGGAUAUGCGAGGACUGUGAUGAGAGUGAAAUUGAGUCUGAUAGCAUAGAAGUUGACCAGACUGCUAAGCUUACACAUAUAUUGAAGAAGAGUGACAGAAAAAGGAAGAAGAAUAGAAAAGGGAGCAGCAAUCACACCUGGCCGGUUUUAGCUGAGGACCAUGGGCUCCAGGAUGCUACCAAUGUUGAACCUAUGGAGGUGUCUUCUUCGCCAAUUAACGAAACAGUGGACUAUAACUCUGGUACAGACCAUAACGCUGGUACCAGCAAAAGGAGUGACAGUAGCUCUUUUCGGAAAGAAGUUGAUCAGACUGAUAAGCUUCUAUAUAUAUCUAAGGAGAAUGAGAAAGAGAAGAAGAAGAAGAAGAAGGAUAAGACGAACAAGGAGAAGAAGAACAACACAAUGAGCAGCAAUUCCAACCCGCUGGUUUUAGCUGCUGAGGACCAUGAUGUCCAGGAUGCCACCAGUGUUGAACCUGUGAAGGUGUCUUCUUUACCAGUUAAAGGAACAACGAAGGAGUCUAAGAAACGAAAAAGCUCAGAUAGUGGAAACCCUCAUGAAUCGACUGGUUUAGUAAGAAAUGGAGCAUCUGCCUCGGAGGCUGAAAAGCCAUCUAGUGUUCCAGAUCAUAGCUCUUGUACCAGCAAAAGGAAUGACUGUGGUUCUGGUCGCAAAGAAGUUGAUCAGACUUCAAAUCUUGGAAAUAUCUUGGAGAAGAGUGAGAAAAAGAAGAAGAAGAAGAAAAGGAGCAGCAAUCAUUCGCCGCCAGUUUUAGUUGUGGAGAACAAUGAGCUCCAUGAUGCUAUAAAUGUUGAACCUGUGGAGGUGUCUUCUUUACCAAUUAAAGAAACAAUGGAGGCUAAGAGACAAGAAAUCUCAGAUGGCAGAAAACCUCAUGAAUUGACUGGGUUAGAUGGAAAUGGAGCAUCUGUCUCGGAGGCUGAAAAUUCAUCUAGUGUGCGACAUCACGAUUCUUAUACGACCAAGAAAAGAAAAUUAAGUUCUGGAAACAUACCGGUUACUGAAAAUAGACAGUUAGCUGAUGGGAAUAGUUCUUGCAAAGAAGCUGAAUUAAAUAUGCCUCAAACUUCUGAGAGGUUGACAUCUAUGCAUUGUAGAGCACAACCAAUCAAAAAACCGAUAUGGAGGGGAUUGAUGUCUGUAAAAGGAGGAACCAGCUAUAGCUUUGAUGGGAUUUCUGCUCAUCUAUCAAGCUUAGCCUGCCCUAUAGUCCAUGAAAAGGCAAGCUCAUUACGGGGCUGCCUCUCUGCUGAAAUGUUUCCCAGGAUGGAAAUAUGGCCAAAAACCUUUCUGAAGAAUGGAGGACCUAAGGACGACAGUGUUGCUCUUUUUUUCUUCCCUUCCAGUCAAAGUAAUGAUGAAAAGACUUUCUAUUCCCUUGUUGGUGAAAUGGAGAAGAAUGAUUUGGCGAUGAGAUGCCUGCUUGAUGAUGCAGAACUGCUACUUUUCACCUCUUUUAUGUUACCAGUGGAUUUUUGGUCUUUUAACUCAAAGGACUACCUGUGGGGUGUCUUCAAGCCCAGAUGUACUCCUCCACAUUAGUCACUAGACUCGUCGCUACCUUUACCAGUCUCUGAAUUUGAGCAAGGUGACAAUGCCAAAGACUUCAGUCAUACGCUUUCUUUAUGAUGGAUACUAUUCAAGUAUUGGAGAAGAUGUACAAUGGAUUUCAAGAGAAGAUAAAAAAGUGUAUUAUUUUCUUAUGAAGACAUCAUCUAGUGAUGUAUCAUAUGCUAAGUUGGUUAAGAAAUUAUGCAUCAAGAUAAGGAUAGAAGAGGCUGUGAAAAAUCUGAGAGUUAGUUACUUUCCCUUCUCAUUCCCAAACUAUAAAGGAAUACUAAAUUAUAUUGGAGAUGAUGAAGAUGUUGUGUGUUAUUUAAAGGAUGUGUCUAAAGAAGGGUGUAGAAGUA